CCGAACGACCGAAGGCGCGUCUGUCAGGAGCGGAGCCGAGCUCUCUGAAUUAACCCCCCACACCGCCCCAUGGGUCACUUUCCCAUAUCUUGUUGAAUUCGAUUCGUGACUCCGAGUCGGGGUUCACCCCGCCGAAGCGAUCAAAAAACAAACAAACAAAAAAAACAUGCCGGUCCGUACCGAGCGCUGUCCCGCUUCAGCAGCGGCCUGCGUGUCCUCGGCCUCUCUCGUUCCGCCGCCCCCGAUCAACACACAGCAGCCCGGUGUGGCCACUUCGCUCCUCUACAGCGGCUCUCAGUUCCGCGGCCACCAGAAGAGCAAAGGCAACUCUUACGACGUCGAUGUGGUUCUCCAGCAUGUAACGAUGGAGGACUCGUACCUGUGCGGAUAUCUCAAGAUCAAGGGGCUGACUGAGGAAUAUCCCACCCUGACUACGUUCUUUGCUGGGGAGAUCAUCAGUCAGAAACGGCCCUUUCUAACCCGGAAGUGGGACGCCGAUGAGGAUGUUGACCGCAAGCACUGGGGCAAGUUUCAGGCGUUUUAUCAGUAUGCAAAAAGCUUUAACUCGGAUGACUUUGACUACGAAGAACUCAAGAACAGCGACUUUGUCUUCAUGCGAUGGAAGGAGCAGUUUCUUGUCCCCGACCACACAAUCAAAGACAUCAGCGGCGCUUCCUUUGCUGGUUUCUACUACAUCUGCUUCCAGAAGUCCACAGCCACCAUCGAGGGUUUCUACUACCACAGAAGCUCUGAAUGGUACCAGUCGCUAAACCUCACUCAUGUUCCUGAACACAGCGCGCCCAUCUACGAGUUCCGUGUGAGCAGUGUAACCCAGCCAUUUGUGACCCAGACGUACCGCUGUAUCGCUCCCUAUGAGACUAAGGACACAAAGAACCGUCCUUUCAAGGUUGAGGUGGGAGAGGCUGUGGAUGUGCUGAUCAAGGACCAAGCAGGCUGGUGGCUGGUUGAGAAUGAGUCCAAAUGCCUCUCCUGGUUUCCUGCUCCAUACCUGGAGAAUGCUGAAGCAGAAGAUGAGGCUGCUGAUGAAGAAGUUGGAGAAAGUACUCUAUGUGUUGCCACCAAAAGUUACAAAUCUACAAAAAUGGACGAACUGUCUGUGGAGAUUGGAUCCGUGGUUGAAGUUGUACGAAAAUCGGAUGACGGAUGGUGGUUAGUUAGGUACAACUGCAAGACUGGUUACAUCCCUUCCAUGUAUCUGCAACGAUAUGUUAAUCCACGUGUGCAAAUCAUUAGCGCCCAGAGGGGGUUUCAAAGCUCUACCCUAAACUUGGCUCAAAUUCAGAUCCCUGAUAGCUCUUCUCUGAUGAUCCCUGGACAUGAGCUGAGUCGCUCGCAAAGCAACCUCCUGCGGAUUCCAGAAGACAACCUGAUUCUCAGUGAUAAGACCAAAUCACACUCGCUGAAUGUUUUAACAGAUGUUCACCACAGGCCACCUACUAUCAAAGUGGGUCCUGUGGAAAACAUCAGGACAAGGCGCUUCAGUGGCAGCAGUGAAGAAAGCUUUAGCGACAGUGCCAGCUCCUCAAGCAGUGGGUCAGUCUGUGUGAACAGCCCCGCAGACAUCCAGCGGUGUAGCACACCCCAGCCUGAACACCUGCAUCCUACCACCGACAAGCUCUCACCCAGCACGUCUGAUCCCUAUAUGUUCAAGUCUCCCAAAAUUCCCCCCAGGCCUCCGGCGCAAGAGAUCCUCAAACGAUGCACCACUGUGACCCGUAAAAACAUCUCCAAGAGCCAGAUGUAUUCUCCAAAUGGAGACAUCCACAGCCGCUGAACACAACCAAGACGUUUUCACUAUUCCAGCUAGAUGCGGGUCACCAAACCUGUGCAAGCGUGGAUGCUUAGUUGAAUGUGGCAAGCAGGAUUCAGUUAAGUGUUCCAAGUAGAGGUUAGUGUACAGUGAAGGAGAGUAUGUUUUUUCUUAUUGAACAUAGCUAAUACAAAGGCUUUCUUUUGCUUCAUCCAUAACUCUAGGCAGAUAGAUUUGGAAGGGCAACUGCAAUCUGUUUAAUGAUGAAUAUCAUAUAUUCUGUUGUAUACCACAGCACUAGAAACACUGAUAAUACACUAGGUUAAGGGUGCUUUGGUGGUUCUCCCCCUUAAAGCAGAAGAUUCUUAAUCUUUAGUGGAUAAGAAGUGUCUAAAACCUCACAAACAACAUACAAAACAAAGGUUUACCAUCACAACUUGCAUGUACACAUCUUGUAGUCCUGGGUCCAUGUUAAAUAUUUUUUAAGAAAUUGGUAAAAAAAAACAAAAAAAAAACAACCUAAAAAGCAACCAAGUUUCAGAUCUACUACUGUAAAGGUUUUACAUAGAAUCUUAUUGGAAUAUUUACACAGUGAAUAAAGUGUACAGUCUCUGUAAUUCUAGAGAUAUAUAUUUUUCUCUUUGGUCUGUCAUGAAAUGUUAUACCGGAAUUUCAGACAUUUUUUGAUUUGUUCAGCCAUACUGAAAACCUCUUCCAUACUGGAAAUCCAAUGUAAUGCAUCAUAUAUGCAGUA